AUGGCUACGCAGACGCGAUCUUCAAAACCAACCACACUUUUCUCGCGAUUACUCCUAAAAUCGCGCCGUGAUCGCAGUGAUCUCUUGUGUCGGACCACAGCGAGUAUCGUCGCAUCGCGCUUUAGAGUGAGUCGCGAUUACUUUUCAAAUCUCUGAUACCUCAGACUUUUAGACUUUCAUACGUUUAGAUUUCUUAAACUUUUACACUCUUAGACCAUUGUACUUCCUAGACUUUCAGAAUUACUGAUCUCUUAGACUUCUAGACUUCUGCAUUUCUUAGACUUUUAGAUUCCUGGGGCUUUUACACGUUUAGAUUUCGUAGACUCUUGCACUCCUUAAACAUUCCGACUUUUAUACCUUUGGAUUCCUCGCACUUUUAGACUUUUAGAUUUUUAGACCUUUGGUUUCCUUAGACUUUCAGACAUUUAUACUAUCAGAUCUGGUAGACUUUUGGAUUUUUUUGUAUUUUAUCCAAAACUGACUACACAACGAGCAAAAAAGCAAGAAGAAGAGGGCAACAAAAUUAAAUAAGGGUAAAUAACGGGAGCAGUAGAAUGGUAGCUGAACCAUCGUUCGUGCAGCAGCUAUAGUAUUGUCCAAACGUCCUAAAAACCGGCGUCUUCCAGCGUCUGUUCCAACAAAACACUGACGCUAUUAGCGGUACUAUUACUACUGACUAAGCCAGUCUUACCAUUAUUAUUCAAAUCGAUAGGG